UACGUCUCACUUUGGUUAACAACUUAAAGAUUUAAACCACGAAUAUAUGUAACAUGGUGUCUUAUACCGAAGUGCAUUCGAGGAUACAGUCUUAAAAUAUUUCAACCCUAUACGGAUGGAUAUAUAAAUAAUCGUAGAGACGGAUUUCUUUGUUUCUUUAAUUAGACGCUAGCAAUUACCAGUAAAUAGAUUAAUAUUACAAAUAAGUGAAUACAAUUAUGGCUGAUGACGAAGUAAGGAAUUUUGAAACAUGGGACUGGGUGUUAUUUGCCGCUAUGCUUGCUGUAUCAGCUGGAAUCGGUAUAUUCUAUGCUGUCAAAGAAUUCUGCAGUGAAAAGAAAAAUACCACUGGAGAGUUCCUGAUGGGAGGUAGGAAUAUGCAACUAUUUCCGGUUGCUGUCAGCAUUCUUGUGUCAUUUAUGUCGGCCAUUUUGAUUCUAGGAACGCCAGCGGAAAUGUACACCGCAGGAACUUUAUACUUUACCUAUCUCCUUGGAAUGAUCCUCGCAAUUAUUCUGUCCACAAUAUUUUUUGUACCCCUCCUGUAUCCGCUGACACUAACUAGCAGCUUUGAGUAUUUGGAGCUGCGGUUUAAUUCGAAAUACGCUAAACUCACCGGCACCCUUAUAAUGAUUGUUCAACAGAUAUUAUAUAUGGGAAUAGCCUCAUAUGCUCCAUCAACUGCACUAGAAGCUGUAACAGGAUUUCUAACAUGGGCGACUAUAAUCACUGUCGGAUGUGUGUCAACUUUCUACACGUUUCUGGGUGGUAUGAAAGCAGUUGUGUGGACGGACGUAUUUCAGUCAGUGAUUAUGAUAGCCGGUCUCCUAGCAAUUGUUAUACAGGUAAAUGGACGUUUCUUAUACAG